UGAAGGCAUUGGUAGUUGUCAGCACGGAUUGGUUUGUCAUGGACCAACCAAAUGACUAACCCUGCUAAAUGCAAAAAAGACAAGAAGCGUAAUGGCAGCUUGAUUUCGACCGCGGUGUCUCGGGCUUCAAAUGUCUUCUUGUCCCCGGUGUGUGUCCGUUAAUGGAAGAGGAUUGUGACAAUAAUAAGCCAUGGAGCAGUACACCACUGCCACCACUACCACUGGGGAACAGAUAGUUGUGCAGACUACCAAUGGACAGAUCCAGCAGCAGACACAGGGCACAGUGACCGCUGUGCAGCUGCAAACAGAGGCGCCAGUGGUGACGGCCUCGGGCCAGCAGGUGCAUACACUCCAGGUAGUCCAGGGGCAACCUCUCAUGGUGCAGGUGAGCGGCGGGCAGCUCAUCACAUCGUCAGGGCAACCUAUCAUGGUACAGGCCAUGUCAGGGGGUCAGGGACAAACUAUAAUGCAGGUCCCUGUAUCUGGAGCUCAGGGCCUACAGCAGAUCCAGCUGCUCCAGCCAGGUCAGAUCCAGUUGCAAGGUGGCCAGACUCUACAGCUUCAGGGCCAGCAGGGUCAGCCCCAGCAGAUCAUCAUCCAGCAGCCACAGGCAGCACUCACUGCUGGACAGAACCAGGCUUCACAGGGUCAGCAGAUCAGUUUGCAGGGUCAGCAGGUGGCACAGACGGCUGAUGGGCAGACCAUCGUCUACCAGCCUGUCAAUGCAGAGGGCACUGUCCUGCAGCAAGGUAUGAUCACGAUUCCAGCUGCCAGCUUGGCAGGUGCCCAGAUUGUUCAGGCAGGGGGUGCCAAUACCAACACCACUAACAGCGGCCAAGGCACUGUGACCGUCACCCUGCCCGUUUCUGGCAACAUGGUCAAUGCAGGUGGAAUGGUCAUGGUAAGACCCUGUGCAGAGAUGGUCCCUGGAGGUGGUGGAGUUCCCACAAUGCAACGUAUCCCCCUGCCAGGGGCUGAGAUGCUUGAGGAGGAGCCUCUCUAUGUCAACGCCAAACAGUACCAUCGAAUUCUGAAACGACGACAGGCCCGGGCCAAGCUGGAGGCUGAGGGCAAGAUCCCCAAAGAGAGAAGGAAAUACCUACACGAGUCUCGCCACCGCCAUGCCAUGCAGCGUAAACGAGGAGACGGAGGACGUUUCUUCUCCCCCAAGGAAAAGGAGGAAAUGGCAUUGGCCCUGGCACAGCAACAGCAGGAAGCAGCCCAGGCAGCAGCAGAUGAGAAUGUGGCUCAGAUGAUACGAGUCUCGUAGCACAAACAUCUGCUGCACCUCCGCCUCUCAAUGUUUACCCCUCCUGCCCAGUGAUAAUAAACCAGCUCCUCCACUGGGUUUCUCUAUUUUUCUCUCCACCUCUUCACUGGUCUUCCAGGGAGCUGACCGUGAGCCGCUGAGCCUUUGAACUGGUCUUCUUUCCUGAAAUGGAGGAUGCUUCCGUGCUCAGCUUUACUGGUCAAGCACUUGCGACCAGCUUAUUUUAAUUUUCAUUUGUUUGGACAGUCAAGAAACAUUAAGUUGUGGGUAACCAGUGUCUGUUGCAUAGAGAAAAAGGAAAGCUGUAACGCCAUACUCUGGUAAACUCUGGUCUGGUAAAAAUAUUUGUAUUUGUAUUAAGUACAUUUUUGUUAAAAUAUUAUUUUUUUGUAAAUGGUACAGAUUUUUGGUGUCCUUCCACUUUUAUGUGAUGCCUCAUAUUUUUGACAUUUCUUUUUGUUUUUUUCCAACCCAUGAUCUGUGGGGUAUGGACUUGGCAUCUUAAUGGCAACAUGCAUCUGCUGAGCAAAAACUGAAAUGUGAUACUAAUGUAAAAAUUGAUGUACAGGAAUUCCCCUCUUCCAAAGUGUGUUUUGGAUGUACUUACUAAUUUGCUCAAUUAUGUGGAUGCAUUUUAUACAUGUAGUCAGAUUUGUUUGUAGGGAAAAAGAUUGCUGUGUUGCAUCACAUUACAUAUACAUCCAAGUUACUCCUUCAUUGGUAAGUCCACCAGUGGUUUUUUCAUUGUAGAUAAUAGAUUUUUUACCCAUCAGAGCAGUCUUGGAAUUUUUUUAUAUAAUGAAAAAAAGAGUGGACACAAUUCGUGAAACGUAUGUCAAUUAAAUUUGAUCAUUUCACUCAA